AUGACCAGCUCCAUGGUAACCACACUGUGGCGCGAGAACACAACAGCUCUUAUCGUCGGUGUAGUUGUCGUCCCCUUGGCCGCUGUGCUGUAUAGCCUAGUUUCGUCGUACGCAAGCACGCGCCCUUACAGACACUUCCCCGUCGCGUCGACAGAUGGUCUCUCGCCCAAGGACAGCUGGUACCAAGCAGGCUCGAAGACAAUUGCAGCAGGUUUGGAAAACAAUGCCCCCUUCCAAGUCAUCACCGGCACCGGACCUCGGAUCGUGCUACCGAACCGCUACGCCGACGAGGUUGGGAGAUUGCCUAAUCUGAGUCUCAGUCAGGCGUUUCAGAAGGAUUACAUGAUCAAUCUGCCUGGCUUCGAACCGUUCGCGACUCUCAACCGCGAUGACCACUUCCUUCCCGAGAUUGUGCGCACCAAGUUGAACCAGUCGCUGGGGAUCAUAUCCCCGGACCUCGUGGAAGAAACGGCGCUGGCAGUCGAGGAACGGCUCGGGGACGACACAGAGGAGACCCACACUAUCGUCCUGCGCACCGAAAUCAACUACCUGGUCAAUCGCAUCAUAUCCAGAGUGUUCCUAGGUCCCACUCUGUGUCGCAAUGAGAGCUGGCUAGAACUCACCGAAAGGUAUAGCACCAAUGCCGUCGUCGCCAACAAGAUCCUCCGCAAGUCACCGCACUGGGCUCGCAGGUUCGUGAACUGGAUGCUGCCCUCGGGCCGCAAGGCUCGUCAGGACCUAAGGGACAUCUAUGCACUCCUCAUGCCAGAGGUAGAGAAGCGCAAGCAGCGGAUGAGAGAGGAGCUCGAAGCCGGAAGAAAACCUCCAAAGCAGGCCGAUUUCAUCGGAUGGAUGUACGAAACUGCCCGUGAGAGGCGCGAAGAUGUCGACUAUGUUGCGUCGCAGAUCGGCAUGAAUAUGGCAGCGAUGCAUGGGACCACUGAGGCCCUUUGUCAGGCCUUGGUUGAUGUCUGUGUCCGCCCGGAGGUGCUCAGCGCUUUGAGGAAGGAGAUCAUUGAGGUAAUUGGACCUAAGGGGUGGUCGAGUAAUGCGCGUCUGAAGAUGCGUCUCUUGGACAGCUUCCUGAAGGAAUCGAUGCGUAUUCAUCCUCACAACGAACUCGCUAUCAACCGAAAAGUCCUAGAGGAGACAAGACUAUCCGACGGGACAGUGCUUCCAAAGGACGCCAUCGUCGUGGUUGCAGCGGCCCACUUCGAUCCCACGGUAUACGACAACCCGAAUACGUUCGACGCCUACCGAUUUGUUCGUGAGGGCAACAAGGGGAACUCGCAGUUCACAUCGCAGCUGGUGGCAACCAACCCGAACUUCCUGGCUUUCGGACUUGGCAAACAACAGUGCCCUGGCCGCUUCUUCGUUGCAGAAAUGCUCAAGAUCACCAUGAGCUAUCUUCUCCUGAAGUUUGACUGGUCGCUUGUGGACGGACAGAUACCCGAGAGAAUCAAGUAUGAGACGAACAUAGUGUUUGACGGUGCGGCGAAAUUAGGGGUCCACAGGCGCAAGGAAGAAGUAGACGUCGGAAGAAGCGAAUUUUAA